AUGAGAAACCAUUCUACAUUAAGAAUGAACACUUCUGGGAAUAUUCAUGUUAAUUGUCCAUCCUGCCAUGCACUCCUAGAGAUUCCGUCAUAUGUGAGAAACUUUCAAUGUCCUGUGUGUACACGCACUGCUGCACUGAGUAAAACGUUUCUUCAAAGUUUUAGCCUUAUAGACCCAGCGCCUUCCCAAGCCAGCCAAUCGAGUAUUUCCAACAAUGCCUAUAGCCUUUUCCAGUCAGUAGACAUAAACAAAAAGUAUGUUGCGCUAUUCAAAAUUCAAAUUUAUAGUGGUUUCCUAGAUUGUCAGGAAUUGCAAGCUGCCUUAUCUUCUGGAGGCAUUUCUUUUUCUCUUCAAACUGUGAAUAUACUCCUCGCCAAACAUGACAGAGAGAGAAAUGGUCAGCUCGGUUUUGAAGAAUUUAAGUCUUUAUUAGACGAAGUUUGGAAAUGGAAGAAUGCUUUCGAUUUUUUCGAUAGUGACAAGAGUGGCGCAAUUGACUUUCAAGAACUACAAGAAGCUCUUGUUCAGAUUGGGUGCGUGUUUCUCUCCUGCCUUGAUUCACAGAAUCCAACUUUCCCCAGGAACCUUUCAAACAGUCUUUUUCGCCUCGGAUAUCGAUCGUUCGGGGUCGAUUCAGCUCGAUCAGUUUAUUAAAGUAGUCAUGGAGAAGGAUUCUUAGAUAGCUUGUAACGGAGCUUCAGCUAGGACAGAUUCGGUUUAAUGCAUUAGAUACGCAGAAGCAAAAUAAGAUCGAACUGACCUAUGACGCGUUUAUCGACCUCCUCUUUUCCAUUCGCUCCUAGUUUG